AUGAAAACCGACCAUGUCGAUACAGAUUUCAAAAACGUUUUCUAUAGAACGAAGGAUAAUUUAAUCAAAGUGGACAUAACUGAUUUGAAAUGUAACAUAUGCCAACAGGAUAUACAAGAUGUUGAUACUUUGAUGGGUCAUUUGUCCAGAGAGCAUAAUAAGCCGGUUAGGUACAAUGCACGGUUCGGCGUUCUGCCUUACAAACAGAACUCUAUCGAUCAUUGGGUGUGCGUGUACUGUCAGAAGACAUAUCUAGAGUUUACACAGUUUAAGCGACAUAUAGCUACGCAUUUCAUGAAUUUCAGUUGCGAUAAAUGCGGUACGACUUUUAUUUCCGAGCACGCGUUGCGGGAUCAUCGACGACAGGUGAAAUGUUUUAGGACUGCGUACAAACCUCGUAACGGCAGAGUGAUGAGGCCACGAACUAACGCUGAAAUCAUUCUUCAGUGUUCUACGGCUUGUCCCUUUAGGACUUGGAAGAGUAAUUUCAACUGCGUAUUCUGUAGGGUUCAAUCCAGCGAUCCAAGUAACCUACGAGCCCAUAUGGUAUCAAGACACGAGAAUUAUGAUGUGCAGGCCGCAUUUUAUAAAAAGCUUGGUAAAGAAUUUCUCAAAAUAGACAUUACAGAUCUCCAGUGCAAAUUAUGCUUCAUGCCGAUUGAGAAUUUCGAAAACUUAACGUACCAUUUGAAGAACGACCACCAACAGCCCAUAAAUUGUGAUGCACAGUUAGGUGUUCUGCCGUUCAGGCUGAACGAUGGUUCAAUAUGGAAAUGUACGAUGUGUCCAAACGAAUUCAAAGAUUUCAUUUCACUAAAAAAGCACACUUCAGAGCAUUUCCAAAACUACGUUUGCGAUACUUGCGGCGAGGGUUUCAUAACAGAAUCUGCUAUGAUUGCUCACACCAAGAUACCUCAUGAGAACAAGUAUAACUGUAGUCGAUGUGUAGCCACGUUCUCGACGCUCGAAGAACGUAAUGUACAUGUAAAAACUCAACACACGUCCACACCUUACAUGUGUGUGUACUGCAAAGAAAAACCGCGAUUCGCCAACUGGGAACUAAGGAAGAGACAUUUAAUGGAAGUGCACAAUUAUAAAACUGGCGCAGAUAAAUAUGAAUGUACAACGUGCCAAAAGACUUUCAAAACUAGGUCAGGGAAAUACAACCACAUGGCGAGGACGCAUAGGAUAAAAAAGGACACGGAACUAAAUUACCCCUGCCACAGUUGCCCGAAAGCUUUCACCACUCAAUUGUUUCUGGAUAAGCAUGUUGCGAAAAAACAUUUCGAUGUCUGA